CGAAUUUUCUUUAGCCAAGAGUCGCUCGAACGUAGCAUCGGCAAUCAUAUUGACCAUCACUGGCGUCGUAUACUAAUGCUAGGACCGUCAAACGGCCGCGUUGCAAAGAUGUGCCCGGAUUACCGCGAUGAUGUGGGGCCCCUCAAUGCCAGGAUGCUGGCUAAUAUCCCAUAGGGCUGCAGCAUGAUCUGUGGUACAUCAAACAGCCGAUACUCCAAACUUUCUUUCCGUCUACGAAACCUACGUUCAUCGACCAUUCAUCAUGGGUGGUGGAGGUGCAGCACCCGCUGGCUUCGAUGCCGCGCUCGAAAGGCGUCAGGCCUUGAUGGGCAAGAGUGGCCCAGGAGCUUUAAUCAAGAACUUCAAGGUCUUCCGCAUUGCCUUAUUCGCCUGCUUGGGAGGAGUGCUUUAUGGUUACAACCAGGGCAUGUUCUCUGGUAUCCUGGCCAUGCCGUCUUUCGGAAAACAGACUGACGGGUACAUCGACAACGCAACACAGAAAGGUUGGCUUACUGCUAUCCUUGAGCUUGGUGCUUGGUUCGGAGCUGUUAUGUCCGGAUUCCUCGCUGAGGUUAUGUCCCGCAAGUACGGUAUUCUGAUCGCCACCGGUGUCUUCAUUCUUGGUGUUAUCAUCCAGAUCACAGCUAUUGCUGGAGGACACAACGAGAUUCUUGCGGGCCGUUUCAUUACAGGUAUUGGGGUUGGUACCCUGUCAUGCAUUGUACCCAUGUACAACUCCGAGUGUGCUCCUCCUGAGGUUCGAGGUGCCCUUGUAGCCGGCCAACAGCUAGCUAUCACCUUCGGCAUCAUGAUUUCUUUCUGGAUCAACUACGGAACCAACUACAUUGGCGGAACCACCUUGGAGACCCAGUCCAACGCCGCAUGGCUCGUACCCAUCUGUAUUCAACUCGUACCCGCUGCAGUCCUUUUCUUCGGCAUGAUCUGGAUGCCUUUCUCACCCAGAUGGCUCGUCCACCAUGGCCGUGAGGAGGAGGCUCGCCGCACCUUAGCCAACCUCCGUGAUCUCCCCGAGGACCAUGAAUUGAUUGAGCUUGAAUUUCUUGAGAUCAAGGCCCAGUCUAUGUUCGAGAAGCGUAGCAUCGCCGAGAAGUUCCCGCAUCUUGCGCAACUGACCGCUUGGAAUACCUUCAAGCUCCAGUUCGUCGCCAUCGGUGCACUCUUCAAGACAAAGGCUAUGUUCAAGCGUGUCAUCGUAGCCACGGUCACCAUGUUCUUCCAACAGUGGUCUGGUAUCAACGCCGUGCUCUACUAUGCCCCGUCUAUCUUCAGCCAGCUCGGUCUGACCGGCAACACCACCUCUCUGCUCGCGACCGGUGUCGUCGGAAUCGUCAUGUUCGUCGCCACCAUUCCCGCCGUGCUGUACAUCGACCGUGUAGGCCGCAAACCCGUCCUCGCCAUCGGUGCCAUCGGCAUGGGCGUCUCGCACAUAAUCAUCGCCAUCAUCCUCGCCAAAAACAUCGACAACUUCCACAACGCGCAAGGCGCUGGCUGGGCCGCCGUCGUCAUGGUCUGGCUCUUCGUCAUCCACUUCGGCUACUCCUGGGGCCCUUGCGCGUGGAUCUUGAUUGCGGAGAUCUGGCCCAUCAGCACGCGCCCGUAUGGAACCGCUUUAGGAGGAAGUAGUAACUGGAUGAACAACUUCAUCAUCGGACAGAUUACGCCGGAUCUUCUUGAGAAGAUUACAUAUGGAACGUAUAUUCUGUUUGGUCUGUUGACGUUUGUGGGAGCAGCAUUUAUCUGGUUCUUUGUACCCGAGACGAAGCGCUUGAGUCUGGAGGAGAUGGAUAUCCUCUUUGGUAGCGAGGGUACGGCGCAGAAGGACCAGGAGAGGAUGGCGGAGAUUAAUCAGGAGAUCGGACUCGCAGCUAUUAUGGCUGGUGGUGCUCCAGUGCACAGGGAUGAGAUGGUUGUUGGUGAUGAGAAGGGUUACAGCCAUGUGUAAGAGUUCGAAGCUUGGGCGUCGGGUAGACUGCCAGCACAGAUUGCAGGAGAGUGUGCAGUUAUCAGGC